AUGAGCAGUUCAGCACGUCUAAGGUCAAGGCAAAAUUUUCGUACUCCUGAGAAAUGCACAGAAUAUGCGAAGCAGAAGAAAAAGAAGUGGACACGAUUUUUAACAGUUCUUGGAUAUUUAUUUUUUGUAUUGCUACCUGCAACCACUCUUAGCAUCUAUUAUAUCUUUAUUUGGGAUCCUUUCUAUAUAUUACAGGUAAUUGUCCAUUCUCCAUGA